GUUCUCUCACUUCAGUACUUGUCUCAUAUUCCUGCCUGCCUUCUCUAAGACGUACUCUUUCUUCUUCCUUCUUCCACCGAGAUCUAGCUAGAGAGAGAUGGCGGAUUGGGGUCCGGUGGUGAUCGCGGUGGUGCUGUUCGUGGUGCUAACGCCGGGGCUGCUGUUUCAGUUUCCGGGGCGAGGCAGAAUGGUGGAGUUUGGCAACAUGCAGACGAGCCCCAUAUCCAUUCUCGUCCACACCGUCAUCUUCUUUGCUCUCAUCACCAUCUUCCUCAUUGCCGUCGGCGUUCACAUCUACACCGGCUAGCUAGCUAGCUAGCUACAUCCAUAUUACAUAUAUAUAUAGAGAGAGAGAGAGAGAGAGACAGAGAGAGCUUCUUUAAUUAAUUAAAUAAAUUAAAUUAACAAAUUAUUGUUAUAAAUUGUAAUUUAGCUUCGUUUUCAACUUCAAUUGGUGGACGUACGCUGUUUGGAAGCCAAGAAAGAGUUAUGUGGUUUGGGAAAGUUUGAUUUGUAAUUCCUUCUUGUUCUUUGGGGCCUUUGAGGUGUGUGCGCGCCUCUGUGCUAUUGUAACUGCAAUGAAUUGAUUGGUGUGAUGAAUGCCUUUUGAAGUUUGCCUAA